UGCACAGGGUUGUCUGUGGUUUAUGGCCAGAGACUUCAUCUCAGUUGCAAGCCGAGCAGUUUUAGGGAAAACAAACAAACAAAAAAGCCCUGGCUUUACUGGAAAAGGAGUUCGGGAAUCCCCGAUUGAUAUAAGCACUCCUGCCCCUGUCAGCCAUCUUGAUGGUCGUGAAAAGGCGAAUUGCGACCUCACCAAACAACGACCUUUUAGAGAAGAGACUUCGCCCAUGCUUUGUCUGAUGUGAUGAAAUGUAGCAGAAUUCUCACAAAUGUUUCGCCAUACACUGAGUAUGAACGAGCAAUCUACACCACAGUAUCUUCUACGAACCCUCAAUUGUACGAGUAAUUAUAUAUCCGUAAGGUUUUGUGACUGUAACAAUGACAGUGUCGAGGAACCAUGAUGAAAACAAGAACAGAGCUCAAGGUACAGAUUCCAUGUACAGAUUCCAUCCUUACCCUCGAGGAAUCAAAGUUUUGGAAGUUUUCGACAUUCAAGUUUUUUCCCUUGGACAAAAUAAUAGCAAGCGGGUUACAUGAGCCACCUUGCAACAGCAAAGUUCCUGUUUUGAUCAUCAGGUACAUUGAAUAUCUGACGACUCAUUUUUCUACAAAUGAAGAUCAGGUGAAGGAUUCUGCGAGGUGCGUUGUUAUCUUUUGGGUUCAAGGAAAUCCUCUUCCGUUCGCGAAGAGCAGCCAGGACAGGCACCUGCGUCUCACGUACCUUCACGUGCGGAGAGGACGCCAGCCGUCCAAGCAAAGACCUCGUCAUCAAUCGUCAUUGCCCACACACUCCCACAUCUGAUUUAUCCAGCUUCCUGAAGUGAAUGAACGAUAUUUGAUAUAUAUGUAUAUGGAGAUUUAUGCAUUUCAGUUUUGUUUUCGAGGUACAAUUGAAGAGGACAAUAAACAGAAGUCUGGAAGAACACUAAACAAAGAUUUUUGUCGCCAAGGUUGAGCAGGAGACAUUCUUCGAAGAAAUUUAUCUUUUUUGUCUGUAUUUUUAAUCAUAAUUGUCUUUCCAAAUAUGAAGUCGGAUGAGAGACAUUUUCCAUCAGUCAACUACAUGUCAAUUGAAAACGCCGGAGGGAAUGUCAGUCCUAAGAGUCACGUUGCUGAAGAGAUGCAGAAUGUGUUUUCCUCCCAGGCAGCGAAACUGGCCAAGAGGCCGGAGCAGCAUGGAGAGUCUGUGCUUGAUAAUUAUUGUAACAGCGAUUUUAGGCAAAGUCUGAUGGAUAUAGGAAUAGAGGAGGAGAAGCAAAUUAUAAAGAAAGAUCUCAAGUUCUGGCCAUCGGGCUUGGGAGACAGCCAUGUGUGCCUGUCAGGAGAUCUUUUGAGAGAACUUUAUAUACGUGUGAUUAUCUCGUUGCUCAUUUUUCUUGAUCCCUCUUUUGAUGAUGCCAUGCGUUCUUGGGUAUGCGAGGAGAAGGAUGCGACCAUCUACAAGUCAGCUGCAGUACAGGAGCGAUUGCACAAACUUCUACAGUUACCGUACAGUUACAAGCGUGGGCGACAGAAAGACAGUUACAUAUACGAACCAUCUUUGGAUUACUCCAAAAGUCAAGAUGACUUAGUUCAAAGUCUUAACGAAAUACGAAAUUUUGUGUAUGCACCCCAAAGGAUCUACCACAACGAAGAAACUGAAAAUUUCCAAGACAAGAUAGGAAAGGCUCUCCACAAGAAAGGCAACUCCAACUGGAGGGCAAACCAUGUCUAUGACACAACAUCGGACUGGGAUCAUAAUAAGACACUUGGUAACGGUCAGGGGAAGAAAUAUAAAAACAAAAACUCUGCGGAUGGGUCGCGUCUCUCAUACAUCUUGAAAAGAUUAGUCAGCUAAGCUCAAAAGCAGACAGUUUGCCCGAAUUGAAGCUUUCAAAUGGAACACAGUACGGCCAUUUAGCAACAUUACACUGCAGCUAUUUUGAAGAGGAAUCGGACAUCAUCCCGAAGACGCCUGGACAGGAUUUGAAACAUCAGAUGAUAGUGGUGGCUGAAAGUAAGGAAGACCAUUCUUCGCUUUGUGUGGACCUAAGGAAGAAACUCCACGAGAGGGGAGGGGUGAUCGGAGAUAUCAAGGAGGCGGUCCGAGUUUUUGAAAAUUACCCGGUUCCCAUAGCAACAGAUGCCAGACUCAUAGGGCCUACAGCAGAGGCGAGCGUGCCGACAGACUUGGAACUCGACAUCAAGACCUCCGAGAGGAGGGUCUCCCUAGAUGAUGUCGCCGGAUCUGGUCAGACCAGACGCCCCCAGGAAACAUCGCAGAACGACAGAACGGAGUUGGACUCGCACCGCGAGGAGGACAGAACCACCAGACCAAGUUUCAACACCACGAGGCUGCGGAUGUCAGUUCCGGUGAGGGAGGCGUUAAGACCCGAGACUGAGCACUUCUCACCUUACCCUUCCUCCAUGCACACUACGGAAACCGGAAACCAGCCCAGCGUAGCUCACGAAACCCUCCUGGCCACGAUGGAAGCGCAAAGAGUCUUGGCUGUCCCGGCGUGCACUACCACCAGAGUGAGCUCCCCUGGCAAUGUUGCUUCAGGCACAGCCAGCACGACGGUCUCUGCAGCGGGCAUCGUUGAGCGGGUGGACACCCACCCCGUCCAAGCAACAACAGUACCCUGUUCUCACAACGACGUCAUGACUGUCAAUGUCAGAGACGUUUCCUCGUCAAGGAUGAGCCUGUAUCCAUGUCAACCCCGCCGUGAGCAGUCUUCACUUCAUUACCCUGACAGUGGAAGCCCAGCUUCCUGUUCGUGUGACGGAAGGUUUGCUGGAUCGGCGUCAUCCAACAGUGGAAACGAUUCCAACAGACGGGAGAAUCAGCCACUGGAACUGCCGCUGGCCCAGACCUCGGUCUUCGCGAGGCUGUCGGGGGUCGAACGACGUCACGGGCCGGUCACGGUCUACUCCGCCGGCUCGCUCCCUCCAUGGGCGCCGAGGUCUCCGAUGAUUGAUUUGACGAGAGCAGCAAGCCCCACCCACAUCCCACUGAGGAGCAGACGAGCCACUUUCAUUCACUGGCCGAGGGAGGAGACAGGACAGCAGCCGGCCAAUAUGGCUUUGGCUGGAUACUUCUAUACGGGUGAAGGUAGCACAGUUUGCUGCUUCUACUGCGGUGUGCAAGUCGGCAACUGGCGGCCUGCCAUGAACCCGUGGCACGAGCAUGUUCGUGGACAGCCCACCUGUCAGUACCUGAUCCAGAUGAAAGGAGAAGACUUCGUGAAAGAAAUUCAGAAAGAACAGAGACCAGAGAAAUAAGUAGGUGUAAACAUAAUUUCCAGAAGACUUGACGCAGAUCAUCAAUAACAAGGGAUCACCUUUAAAACCAUCUUAAGGACUUGGGCAGAGAGACUUGAAGCGAGCGCAUCCUUUCAAGUGAUGUCAAGUUCUGGCAUGUGGUCCUGUCCUCUGGAGACUCCGAUCGUGGAAAGACUGAGCGAGCAUUGCGGCACAGCUGCUGUUUGAGGACAAGACAAUUGAAGAAAUGUGUUUCAUUCAAUCCACAAGGAAAUGAAAACAUUGAAAAAACUCACUUUGGGAUAUUUGAAAGAAAGUUACAGUUUUGAAUUUUGAGGAGGACUGAAGGGAGGAAGCUAGAACCGAAUCGAAUAUUUGUACCAAGAUCGAAGGAUACAGAGAUAGCGAGAGAGAGAAGAGAGAAAAAGAGAAAGUUGGAUAAAAAGAAAGUUUUUAUAAAAUGUGUUUACACAGACUAAAAUCGGUGCACUUAUCACAGAAUUGCAGUGAGUACACUAGUUUUUAAAAGUGUGUCGAUGUGCGUUUCUACAAAACAAGUUGAAUGACAUUAUGUUUUUUGUUGGUUUUGUUGAUUUAUUUUCUUCAAAUAUUGCUGGGAUGUAAUAUAUUAGAUAACCAGAGUGCGAAAUUGUUUCUAAGUGAGCUAAGUUCAUUUGAAAAUUUUUGAAAAUCUGAAUAAUUGCUCUUUUUUGCAUUUUAUUUUAUUAGCUAUAAGCUCAGGGAGCAUUUUUAGCCCUAACAUCAGAUAAAUCAUACAUCACUGCCCUUUGUAGAAACUGUUCCAACAUAGACGGAGGGAUGUUGACAUCCGGUACAUAGUACAUCUUGAUGAUGACCUUUCAUGGAGCUUCUAGUGAUUUUUCUGGCUUGUUUGUUUGUUUUAAUUUGAGUAUUUGUUCACUCCUGCAAGCAACAUUUUUAACAUUGGGGUUUAAAUCAAAACUGCGGUCAUAUAUAUCUCUAUAAAAUGUGUAUGGCAAUGUCUAUAUAAUUUAUCAGGACAAUAUUAUAAUGGGUGAUAUAUAGAACGGGGACUAAAUAAUUUGUCAGCUAUGCUGUUAUAUAUUAAUAUACAUCUUAUUGCACAGAUACUAAAGCGAUUUCUUGGGGUAGGGGUGGUGGUGACUGUUUUCACGUGUGAAUGUUGUAUUCCUUUUGAAAUUAGUGAUCUUGCACCUGUCUGCUACCCUUGCUUUAAAUAUUUUGAAAAUAAACAUAAUUUGUUUUGCGA